CAAAGAUUCAAACCUUGCGUGGGCAUACAGAGAGCGUCGAUCAACUUGCCUGGCAUCCCAGUAGCUAUGAUACUCUAGUUUCAGUUGGUGCGGAUGGUGUAGUUCGUCUCUGGGAUUGUCGGAUGAAAAAGGGCCCUGUCACUGCUCAGCUUAAAGGUGAAAAUAUUAACGUUGCCUGGUCCCCGAAUGGAAGAACAAUUGCAGUUGGUAAUAAAGGAGACCUGGUUUCAUGGUUGGAUGUUCGCGCUGGCCUUAAAGUUAUCCAACACGAGCAGUUUAACUGUGAAAUAAAUGAAUUCGAGUGGCGACCCUCUGGUGACUCAUUCUUUCUUACAACUGGGGCUGGUGGUCUCCUAAUUUACACGUGCGUUGCCUUAAUUUUAUGCUAUACUACUCAUUUUAGCGGUAAGCCUGGAGAUAUGAAGCGGGAGCUGACAUUACAUGCUCAUCCAGUGAAUGCUAUGUGCUUCCAUUUUUCCCCUAAUGGCGAUUACUUCGCUGUUGGAAGUGCCGAUGCACUUGUAUCAAUUUGGGAUGCUAAUGAGCUAAUA